AUGGCGCCGGUGGAGGCCGAGUGCGGACUGUGCACCGAGACCCUGUGGCAGCCCGUGACGCUGCCAUGUGGAGAGACCUUCUGCCAGCAGUGCUUGCGCCAGUGGACCAUCACCAAGCUGGAUGAGGGUAUGGAGCGGCCCCGUUGCCCCUGUGGCUGUGGUCGGAAGCUGGACUACCGACUUCCUAGCGUGAAUCUGCUACUGCGCACGUUGAUGGAACACAGCCAUGCGGAGCAGCUGGCCGAGCGGGAGAAGGAGGAGCGCGAACAAGAGGAGCCUGAGAUCCUGGGAGGUCUCAGUGCCUGGCAGGAGGUGGCAGCUUCUCAGGACCUCUUCGUGAACGGGCGCAUGGUGGUGGCUUGGGGCACCAGUGGGGUGGUGCUGUGCAACCACGAGACCACCCAUGUCAAGUGUUCCGGAGUUGGCCAUGGCGCAGCUGAGUUGGCCCCGGGUCCGGGGAAAGUGAAGUUUGACGCCUGUCUCUCUGGCUCCGGCACCUUCAAUGUGAGCGUGGGGGAAAUUGUGCCACAGCUGCCCUCCAGCUUUGGCUUCAAGAUCGGCCAGGGGGUGGUGGCUGGACUGAACCUCAUGAUCGGCGAUGAGCUGGUGGUAGCUUUUGGCAGCCCGGGCACAAUCUUGGCGAAGUCGACUUUGGAGGGCCGCAUCGUGGUGAACUUCCACUGCACCGUGGAGGGCGCAGAGAGGAAGCUGGACGUGCAGGCCUUUGAGCUCCAGCCCAGCCACGAGCUCCUAGGUGGCUUCAGGGCCGCGCAGCGAGUCCAGGCCACACAGGACAUCCUGGGCCCUGGCGAGGUGGUCCUGGUCCAAGCCGGCACCCUGGGCACGGUGCACUCAGAAUACAGCGACACUCGCCUGGUGGUGAGCUUUGAGUCCCGUUUGGAUGGCAGCCCAGACGCUGUCAACCUCUGCCCCCAGAGCAUUGAGCCUGCAUAG